GCCGCCCCGGCAGCUCGGCCCUGACCGCCGCCCAAGCCCGCUCUUCUGCUCGGCCGCCCCAGGGCGCACGGUCCCCAGGCAGGCACCUGCCAGCGGCCCCCACGCAGCAGCAGACGUGGACAUGAGGUUGGCAGGUCCCCUGCGCAUCGUGGUCCUGCUCGGCACCGUGGGCCUCACCUGGGUUCUCCUCAGCAUCCUCCUGGGAGGGCCCAGCCCCGGCUUCCUCCACCUGCAGCAGCUCUUCGCCAGCCCGGAGAACUCAGUGACUGCAGGUAAGGCUCCCAGCCCACCAGAGCUGCCCGUUCCUCAUGCCCAGCAAGCACACCCCUGCUUCCAGAAUGCUCAGCAACAGGCAGAAGGGCGCUAUUUCUGUCCCCAGAGGGAGGAAUUGGGGCCCGAGGCUCCAUCGUCUGGGCCUGGGGUGGUCGCCCCCAUAAUGGAGGAGAGAGGCUUACCCCCGGCCCACGCUGCCUCCAGAGCCAGCACUCUGCAUGGCUGUGCUGUUGCACUGUCCCUCCCCGGCCUGCCCAGGAGGGCACACGUGUCCCGAUGCUCAAGGACUCAGGUUCAAGUCCCUGCACCACACGGGAGCACCUGCAGCAGGGCAUUUCACAGGCAGUGGACCCGCCGCACUGUGGCAUCUCUGCUUCCCACACUGCUCUCCCUCUCAGUCUGGCUGGGGAGUGUCAGAAGUGCUGCUUCCCACACGCCAGAGCUGCACAGCUGCCCUCGUGUCUGCUGCGUGGAGGCCUCCCCACGAGCCCCCGUAGGAGUCGCAGUUCUGGCAUGUUCUGUCUGUUCCAAGCUGUCGGUAUUCUCCGGAAGACCGUUCCCUGCCACACUCCUGCCUCGAACUGCUGACCUCCACCCAGCCCUCACUCUCCCCUGGCAGUGGCUGGCGAGCUCAGCACCCUACUUCCUGCGGCCAUCUGUCUCUGUCCUGUGGCAGCCACCCAGAAGGGCCACCAACGGGAGGGCUUAAACAGCAGCCGUCAAAAUUCCCCACCGUGGGAGUUAGCGGUGUCAAGCCUAGCGGCCGGUGGGGGUGGCCGGCAGGCAGAGCAGGUGCCUUGUGUGGGCCUGACCCCUGGCACCGUGGGGGGCUCUGUGAAUGGACAGCAGUGCUGUGAGGCGUCCCCUCUGCAUCUCUCUAUGUCUUCAGUGGGCGGGGAGGCUGCUCGGCACACCCAGCAUCCUCGAGUCUGGGGCUGUCUCCGGCCCCAGUGAAAGCUGGGCCUUGCGUCCCGGGACCGCAUUCCCCCAGAGGCCCACUGUGGCCAUGCCCUUCCACUGCUGCCGGGUCUCCAUGGUGACUUCCCGUGUCUGUCCUCAUCCACCGGUGGACUUAGGGCCCCCGACCCAGGCUGAGUUUAUCUUAACCAGUCCUAUCACCAAAGGCCGGUUUCCAGCCUGAGGUGCAGGGAAGUGGGGCGGGGCUGCAGCUGACCUCUGGGGGGGGGGUGUGACACAAGUUAGUCUGUGACAGGCUCUUCCGGCAUCCCGCCAGCCCUGCAGGACUUGGGAGCAUCCUUCUGGCUGCUCCUGCCCUGUGCCUCUAGCUGCUUUCUCCCAAGCCAGUCCUAUCACCUCUUCCCUUGUCUGCUGCCAGAGGAACAGCGGCAUCCCUGGGGCUCCCGUGUCCUGGCACUGCGGUCAGCCCCAGUGGGAGGAUGGUAUCUAUGGCAGUAUCCCUGGCCUUGGUUUGAGCCAUGUCCCCACCCCUGCCCCCUCCCUGUGGCCACUCACCCCUCCCUAUGGGCUGGGUCCUGCCUCCCCCGGGGCCAUGGG